CUGCAUACUAUCAACCCCAUCAGCCCAGAGCUCGGCAGGAAGUCCAUCCUGCGCCUAGCUUGAAUAUGAGGAGAAGAAGCGUCUUUAUACAGAGCUACCGGGACACCGAACUGAGCGUUUGACGAGAACACCAUUGGGAGAUGGACAGUUAUCAGAGAGGACGGCCAUGGGGAAAGCUGGUCAAAGUGGACUCCAGUGAAACUGUCCUGCUUUUCAACAGAGAGUGCACAGUUGGCAGAAAGAAAGGAUGUUAUCUCUCCUUCCCAGCCAACAAACUGGUCUCAGGGGAGCACUGCAAGAUUGUGCAAGAUGAAAGCUCAGGGCUGGUGUGGCUGGAAGACAUGAGCACUAAUGGCACGGUGAUCAACAUGUCCAAAGUGGUCAGGAAGCAGACUCACAUGCUGCAGAACGGCGACGUCAUCUACUUUGUUUACAGGAAAAGUGAGCCAGAACAAAACAUUGCCUAUGUUUACCACUCAAUCAAAACGGAGCAAGCUGUUUCCCAACAAAGUUACGACACGGAGAGGGCAGCCCACAGUCCUGCUCCGGUUCCCCCUUCAGAGAUGUCACUUUCUGUGGAGCCUGUAAUGCUCACAAAGGCUCCACGGGAUCCAACUAGGGAAGAACCACAGCCCUCCACCUCCCACUUCUGUAUCGGGAGCCCUUCCACUUCUGGUCCCAUGGCAACCGCAGCCUGCCCUGCCUUGGGCCCAGCUAAAGAUGCUGCCCCCGCACAGGGAAGAGACGUGGACAACAUGGAGCCAGAAAGCAAGAGGAGGAAAACUGGUCACGAUAAAGAUUAUGAUUUGGACUUGCCACACACCUCCAGCACAGAAGUCGUCGGGUCAGCUAAAGGAAGUCUUUUGUCUAAACCGCCAGCGGAAGGGACUAAGACGGACAAGAUGGAGGAGAGCUUGACGUGUGUUAUUUGCCAGGACCUACUGCAUGACUGUGUCAGCUUGCAGCCUUGCAUGCAUGUCUUCUGUGCCGCCUGCUACUCGGGCUGGAUGGAGCGUUCGUCUCUCUGCCCCACCUGCCGCUGCCCUGUGGAGAGGAUUCGUAAGAACCACAUCCUCAACAACCUGGUGGAGGCCUACCUCAUCCAGCACCCAGAAAAGUGCCGCAGUGAUGAGGAUCUGAAGAGCAUGGACAGCCGCAACAAGAUAACUCAGGACAUGUUGCAACCAAAAGUGGAGCGCUCCUUCUCAGACGAGGAAGGCAGCUCCGAUUACCUCUUUGAGCUCUCUGACAAUGACAGUGACUCCUCAGACAUUAGUCAGCCUCUAGUGAUUUGCAGACAGUGUCCUGACUACAGGAGGGAGGUCAGUCAGGUGAUGUUUGCUACAGGUGCCAACUACUGGCUCCCCCGUCUGCCACCUCCACCGCCUAUACCUCCUCCACCCAAACCAGCAACUGAGGAGGGGUCUGCAAAGCCCACAGGGGAGCAGCCCUCAACAUCCUUUGACAUCUUCUCAGCUCCUCAGGAGUACCGCUGCCUCCCUCAGGGCUUCCAUCUCAUGUGCCACUGCUGCCUCCAGCCAAUGCCAGACAGACGGGCCGAGCCAAACAGCGAGCAGGGGAUUGCUCAACAAUGUGUGAUGUGCCAGCAACCCUUCUGUCAUAUGUACUGGGGUUGCCAGAGGAUUGGCUGUCAAGGCUGUCUGGCUCGAUUCAGUGAGCUCAAUCUGACAGACAAAUGCCUGGAUGGUGUGCUGAACAACAAUAACUAUGAAUCCGAGAUCCUCCAGAACUACCUGUCCUCCAGAGGGAAGUCGUGGAGAGACCUGCUCCAGGAGUGUCUGCACAACUUACAGCAGGGAGACUACUAUCUGUCAGAUUGUCGCAUCACUCCAAAUGCCAUCCUGUGUUUCUGCUGCGGGCUGCGAGCGUUUAAGGAACUGGCCUACAAGUACAGACAGAACAUCCCUGCUUCGGAUCUGCCAGCGGCUGUAACAUCUCGUCCCGACUGCUACUGGGGACGCAACUGCCGGACGCAGGUGAAGGCGCAUCAUGCGAUGAAAUUCAACCACAUAUGUGAGCAGACCCGUUUCAAAAGCUGAAGGAGCCGAGUGGUUUGUUUCUCCACCUCAAGGGUAGAUAACGGAGUGUCUCAUAGACAAGAUCUUGUUGGGUUUCAUUGUGUCCAUUCAUUGUUACAGCCUUCCAGAUGUUAUGCAAUAACCUAACGCAGAAAUUACAAUCAGUAUCCAUUUAUAAUAGUGACCGGUGUCUUACCUGACACGGGGCUGUGUGAAAUUAUGCUAUGCACAAUAACAUUAAAGUUUAACCUUUCCCUGAGGUUGACUGUUUUUCAUGGGGAAGACCUGUGAGGGCAGUUAACACCAGCCACCAUUUAAAUUGAGAUCAGUUCAGUCUGUGACUAAUGCAUUUGUCUAGUCUACUUGUCAUUUUUGUUAUUUGUUGAAGAAUUACUUACUGAUAUUUCCUCCAGCCUCUGUGGCAAAAUAGUUUUCUCAUAUUAAGAGCAGGUGAGGUAAUCUGUAUGGAUUAAGGCCAUUUAUGUAUGCUUGCACAUGUUUGUGAGCAUGUUUUAAAUAUUAAGUCUCCUCCAGCCUUGGUAAUUCAGGCUUACAUUUACCUUCUUUUUAAUUGUGAUAUUUUGCAACGAGCCUUAUGACAUGCCGAGUAAAGAAUCCAGGGCUUCCUAAGUAAUGCUAAUGAAACCUGUACAGUAACAGAGAUAUGAGUGCUACCAUUUUGGGCCGAGACGCAAGCUGUUUUCAAGAUUCAACCUUAGAGCUAUGUUGGAAGGUGACAGUGUCUCACCACGUCAAAACCCAAACUAGGUUAGAUUUAUAAUCCCAUGUGAUAUUUCCAGAGGAUUGGGACGGGGAUCAAUGUGUUGUAACACUGUCAGUGUGCACGGGGGGGGCACAUGAUUAACGUAAUGUAGAAGGGACGUAUGUUGUAUAUUCUGUUGUCAUUUGAGUUUCAAUGAUAUGUUCUAUUCAGUGAUAGUCCAGGUUCGGAUCUAGCUUACCUUGGAAGGCAUUUUGAUAGUUUUUAGGCUACAUUUACACAUGGCCGGCUAUUUUCAUAAACGGACAUUUAAAUUUUUUAUGUUUUCAAAAAUAACAUGUCAGUUUUCAGAAAAGUGUUGGGUUACAUGUACCCGUGCAUACGUGCCGUCUAAGAGCAUGUAACGAGAAGCUCAAGCCCACGUUAGCCAAUCAGAAUCACAAAAAUAGCAACAACCACAACGGAUCACUUCCCUCUUCUCUGCCUUCCUCCCUCGGCUGCCUAGACCUCCGGCUGUCUCAGUCUACGGACAGUUGUGCAAACGAAGAUUUUAAAAAUCUCCACUCCGGCCAGAGUUUUUUUUAGAAAGACUCGUUUUCAGGAAAUGUCUUCGUUUUUCAAAAUAACCAUGCACAUGUCAACAGGGCCUUAUUCAGAUAGUUGUCUCUGUGUGGUUGGAUGUCUCCGGUUCCUCAGGUAUUCAAAGCUGCUGUUUGGUUUUGAUUGUUGAAAAGAAAAAUCUAGUGUUGAAUGUGAUGACCUUUCAUUUAUGACUAUCAUCACCCGAGUGUCAGUAAGUCCCCAUCAUGCAAACAUGCACAGCUAGUGAUGUCUACGGUCUCAAAAAAUAGACAAAUACAUCAGGACAUAAGUUGCAAGAGGCCUUAUUCAUAUUAAAAUACGAGGAUUAUGUCAUUUUUGUGACUUUUGUAGAAAAUGUUUGAGCAGGCCUUAGCUUGAGUUGAUUUAAAAGAAUACGCACUAAAGAUGUUUGCUAAAUGUGUUUUUAUAAUGUACAUCUAUCACAAUAUUUGCACAGAACUCAUCUCACACUAACGGAGAGGCGUACCGGUUCUGACGUGAAGCGGACAUCUGGGGAAAGCGCUGUAACGUAGCGUAUGGGAUGUCAAAACUCUGGCUCGUAAUAUCUGUCAUCACGGGAAAAGUUUCAUUCCAAAAUGAGAUGUUGAUCCUUGAUGGAUAAUAAAAAUGAUGUGCAUUUCUUUCUUUUUUUUUAUGAUAUUGUAUUAGUAACAUUAGCCAUAGUGAAUAUGGAAGCAGUACAUUUUGGAAUGUAGCUCUUCAUAUUUAGUGUUUGAGGCAAAUGGGGACUGAGAAUGGUCCCCUUUUCUCUGGCCUCUGCCUGAGCACAGUUCAUUUGUGGUGGUAGCAAGGUGUACCUUGUUUGUUUUAGUGUUUUUUUGUUUUUGUUUUUUUACCCCUUGCAGUCAUGGUGGGUCCACACUGGCAUUCCUUAGCGGCUCAGGCCUUCAGCACAAGCCCGGUCCAUCCCCCUACAGAGUAGCUGGAUUUUAAUUAUUCCCUACCGAAGAUCUGGGCACCCUAAGCCAACAACAGACCCAAGCCGCUCCAAUCAGGAAUUGGUAAUAAAGAAGCUUUGGAGAAGUGCUUUGCGGUCUCCCUGGGGUGGGCAUGUUGUAUACUAGGGCAUAUAUUUACUCUACUUUGUGCGCAAAAGUCUGGACCAGGCUGCUCAGCAGUAUGGGAGAGGCAGGUUUUGUUCUACCUCAUCACGACUCCUUGAAUAUGGGAGACUGAACAGGCAUCGGUCACAUUCAAAUCAGCUGGGGACACAUCUCUUUAUGCGAGGGGUGGGGGGGUCUUUACUGAUGCCUGUAAACUUUGUAUGUAAUGCACUAUUUGAACAGUUAGUCUAGACUAUAAUCCACUUCUAGUUAAAUCACAAUAGAUUAGCACUUGGCACAUUGAAAACUUUUGUGGAGAUUUGCGUUUGAAUAUUUGAAAAAUGCCCCUGUAUGUUGUAUUGGUGUUGUUGGAAAUAGUUUUUGAAAUGCAUACAGAUCUGAUUUGAUGUCUUAACAAAUUAAAAGACUGAUUUAGCUGCC